AUUCAAUAUCUUAACCUUGACAUUUAAAUGUGAAUAUCUAUCUAUUUAUCUAGUGCAUUGAUACUACAAAAUUGAAAACUGGGUAAUACUCAUUGCAGAACAACAUUUCGUAUACGCCAUGUGGUUAUUAUUAUUCAUGGUUGCUUUAGCCGGCAUCAAUGCCGAUAUACCCAAUUGUGAUUACUAUGACACAGUGAGAUUGUCGGAAGACCAAAAGUUACCAAAUGGUUCGUACAAGUACCAGAAUAUCAUAAUUCCACCGGAACUAACUGGUGAAUAUGAUUACGAGAUUCUUAUGAACGGAGACUCCGAGAAGGUUCCAAGGCAUCUGCGAGGUUGUGCUUGUCGGUUAGGCCCUUGCAUACGAUACUGUUGUCCCAAGAACCAGAAGCUCGUUGCCCAAGAGCGCAGAUGCGGCGAGGACACGAGUAUUCAGGACUUAGAUGACUUUGAUGGCUUUGUGGAUUUCGUUUGGAAGGAUGGCACCGAAGGGAAUAUACACGUCUCCGAUGACUUAAUCAUACAAAGAGAUCUUCCAGUGCCUUGCUCAGAGCAUAUGAGUAUUAUCGAUGAAUACAAAUGGAAACUACUGGAGAAUGGAAGUAUCGCAUACCUAUUUGUGUCAGAUAAUUCAAGUAACCACCGAUCCAAAAAUCAAUAUUGUCUACAGCCUCAGCGAUUUGGUAACGAAUCAAGGGUCGAACUGAUUCCACAAUUUUGCGAAGAUCCUCAAACUACAUGGCCAACCCUAAUGCUGCUUAUACUGAGUAUUGUUUGCUCCGUUCUUACGAUCGCUGUCUAUAUGGGAUUGCCAAAAUUACGAAAUCUUCAUGGAAUUUGUUUCAUUUGUUACUUGUUCAUGUUGAUAGUGGCUUUUUUGUUGCUACUUUUCGACAAAUUUUAUGCUUUGUUUGUGUCGGAAAAUCAAUGCAAAGCAAUUGGUUACGUUGGAUACUUUGCUGUAAUGUCGAUAUUUCAUUGGCUCAGUGUUAUAAGCUUCGAUUUGUGGAAGAGCUUUCGGGGCACCAACUAUAACGAAGAUUAUACAAUCGCAUAUCGUUUCACCAUCUAUAGCAUAAUUGUCUGGACAUCUGCGGCUGUUUUAACCCUCAUUAUAUUUAUUAUUGAUAGCACUUUGGAUCCAUAUGAUAUAGAUCAACUACCUUGGAUGCCAGGAGUAGGAAUAUACUCCUGCUGGGUCAAAACCCAUGAUUGGUCUGCAAUGCUCUAUUAUUAUGGGCCUAUGUCAAUACAAAUUAUAUUCAAUACGACAAUGUUUAUUAUGACGGCGAUUAGAAUUUUCAAAGUGAUGGAUGAGAUGAAGAAUUUCCAAGGGCGACUAGAACGCAAUCAACGUGUCCAGUCGAGGAAGGAGUAUGGUUUAUUUGCUCGACUUAUCAUUAUAAUGGGAGUUCCUUGGACUUUUGAGAUACUUUCGUAUUUUGCACAAUCUGAUAGCGUUCUCCAAAGAAUAUUUUUAAUUUUUGAUUACAUCAAUAGUGGUCAGGGUAUUCUCAUAUUCAUAUUGUUUGUGCUAAAGCGUAGUGUUCUUAAGCAAAUAGCUAAUAGUGUGCGGAAGCAGCAGGAUUCAAAAUCGAUGUCAUUGAACGUAACACGAUCAACACGGAAUUUAUCCUCCUCUGUAUUUAAACAGAAGGAAUGCAAUUGAUUAGUUCUUUAUAGUAUUAAGAUAAAUACUUAGGAACAUGUACAAUUUACUUUUAUUUUGUUGAAUGUUGUCGAAACUAAAAACAAUAAAUUUGUAUAUUUUUAAAGAA